GACCCUGUAUUCCUCAUUUCACCCGGACUGCCUGUGUCCGCGCUCCAAUUUUCCCAAGGAAACAACUUAAAACUACUCAGCAGAGGGCGAUGACCGAGGACGAGUCUAGAGCUGAAAACGAGUCGUCGAGCCUUUCAGGGCUCAGAACAGGAGACUAGAAAGCGAUGAAACACCGAGGAGCAAGCAACCGAGAGGAAACCGAGACGACUGACUGACUAUCUCGGUAUCAACAUCAGCUGCCUUGAGUCAUGCUUCUCUGUAGGGUUUCGAAGUUUUACUUCAUGAAUUAAAAGGUAACCUGAGUCCAAAUUUGGCCUUCCCACGUCAAUCAACAGGGAGAUGUGGAGGUGAAAUGGACGGGUAUCCAACCAAUGGUUCAUGCAAUAUUCCAUAGGGCACCAGCGGACUAGUGGUCCAAGCUCCAGAUCCAUCACCACGACGAACGUGGAAAAGCGAGAUAGAGCACCAUCCAAAAGAGCGAAACCAUGUUUGCCUUCAUGGAAUGUGUUUGCAUUCCAUCACCUACGAGCAAACCACUCCUAGAAAUGGCUGAUACAUCUACAAGCCACGUAAAUUUGAUCCGCAGACCUUCAUCCAGGAUUCGGACGACCCAAUCUCCAAAGACAACAUGGAUUGUGAUGCUCUUCUUGCUGAGUUUUGUAUGCAGCGCCUUCAGCACGGCCACGUCGCAAAUCCAUACCAUUCAUUGGAAUACUUCCAAUCCCAUGUUUCGAACCCCAUCGAAUAAUGUGAUCGAGAUCAACAGUGGCAACCACCCUUGGGAGUACGAUCAAGUGAACAUAGUGUGUCCAGUUUACAAACCAGGCGUGCCGAUCGAACAGCAAGAGCAAUACAUCAUCUACAGUGUCUCCAAAGAGGAGUACGAUUCUUGCCGAAUCACGCAAGCCACGCCCAAGAUCGUGGCUCUGUGCAAUCGGCCCCACGAGCUGAUGUAUUUCACCAUCACUUUUCGCUCGUUCACGCCCACUCCGGGUGGACUGGAGUUCCAUCCUGGUCACGACUACUACUUCAUCUCUACCUCUUCCAAGAACGACCUCCAUCGUCGCGUCGGAGGCGGAUGUAGCUCAAGUAAUAUGAAAGUCAUCUUCCGAGUGGCUCCUUCUCAACAACAGGAAUCUCCAGCCGUCAGUGAGCCCGAGUCGAAUGCCAUCGACCACAGCUCGAAUGCUUUGAGGUCUGAAGAGGGGCCCAAACAGUUUCCCUGGAGCCAGGAGAGCGACUUCAGACGCUCUUUCUCCUACUACUAUCCGUCUCAAGAGAUCGACGAGUCUCGUCAACACUUCCGUCAAUCCAAGAAGAGCAUGGAUUACGCGGUGGAUCAUCCGGAUAACCAUGCCACGGAUGACACCACUUCCCGGCGUCGACAAGCGGAGGCCAUGCAUUCCUCCGCGUUGUCAGUUCAUGUGCCAUAUUGGAUCGUGACACUUCUGUCCACCAUGUUUGGCAUCGCUCUCAGAAAAGUGCAUUGUGGCCAUUGAAACGUCAACGCCUUUUUCCGCUCGUGCCCUGUGAUAGUCUGCAAGCUGUGAUAUCUCUUUUAUGGUUUCUCCAUUCAUUUUGUCAAAACAUCCAAUUGAAAAUAUAAACCUAAAAACAUU